GAAGUCAUGACGGAGUUUGACUCAAUUCCCGUCUGACUCUGGUUUAAGUUCGCAGCUAAAACUUGCCCGCUAUUUUUAUUCUGACAAUUUCUGUUUUUUUUUUUCCACCGAGAGAACUAUUUGUAUAAAACCUAGCCAAUCCCCCCCACAAUCCUUAGAGAUGAUUCUUAUUGAUUAUUAAGAUGGUGUUCAAGUUUACGAUUGACAAACUUACGAACCGGUAUGUUUUACCCAACCUUACUGGCAAACUCCCAGCCCCGAUUGCUCGAUUUUUAGGAAAUCACAAGGCAACUCCGAAAGACGAUUAUUUAAUUUGGUUAGAGAUAUUGGUAGCAUCAUUCUGCGGAAUAGCAUUACUCGAAGGAUUGGGUAUACAUCAUACUGUAUUCACCGACCAUAGUGCUCCUAUUAUAAUUGCUAGUUAUGGUGCAACAGCUAUUCUUUGCUUCAAUAGUAUAACGGCACCAUUGGCCCAACCCCGGAAUAUUCUUAUUGGGCAUUUCGUAUCAUCCUUGCUUGGAAUUUGCGUUCAGAAACUAUUUUCACUUAGUCAUGGAGGUAGGGAGCAUUAUUGGGCUAGCGGAGCUUUAAGUGUUGGUAUAUCAUCAGUAGCAAUGUCUAUUUUGAAUUGCGUCCAUCCGCCAGCCGGUGCUUCAGCUUUAUUACCGAGUAUUGACGAAGAGAUUCGGAAAAUGAGUUGGUGGUACUUACCAUUACAAAUCAUAUCUUCUCUUCUAAUUAUAGUGGUUGCAUGUCUUACAGGAAAUGUCAUUAGAUCCUAUCCAACCUAUUGGUGGACUCCCAACGAUGUUGGCAAACCAAAGGAGGCUGAACUGAAGCCAGUAGAACCAACACCAGCUCCUCCAUCCAAAGUAGCUUCUGGUAAUGAAUCUAUUGAAAGCAGCGUUGUUUAUCUGGAGGAAGCCAACUCCAUUAUUAUUUCCCGGGAUGAGAUAAUCAUCCCUAAAAAUUUAAAUAUUGAAGACAUAGACGUUAGUUGGUUACUGGAAAUGAAAAGUCGACUCGAGAAAACCGAACCAUUACAGUCGGUUGGUGUUUGAAUCUACAUUUAUCAUAUAC